CAACAAAAAUGGCAGUUCUUUCUUUAAGGUUACUUUCCUUUCUCUGUUGUCUCAUUGUCAUAAUCAUUUUCAUAUCUCAAGCCAGCGCUGAUGAAAGUUCACAAAUAUACCAAUACUUCUGUGGUUUUAAUAACAAGGGUAACUACACGGCCAAUAGCACCUAUCACACGAACCUCAACACCCUUUUGUCCAAUCUCACUCCCAACACAGAAAUUGACUACGGUUUCUACAAUUUGUCAUAUGGACAAAACAAUGACAAAGUAAACGCUAUUGGGUUGUGCAGAGGAGAUAUUAAGUCAGAUGCUUGCCGAGGUUGUCUCAAAGAUUCCAUAGCCAAUCUGACACAGCUCUGUCCAAACCAGAAGGAAGCAAUUGGUUGGUAUGAGGAUGAGAAAUGCAUGUUGCGUUACUCAGACCGCUCAAUAUUUGACACCAUGGAAACUGGACCUGCGUAUUUUGUGUGGAACUUACAGAAUGCAACAGAGGUGGACCAGUUCAAUAAGGUGCUCAAGAACUUGCUCGAAAGCCUAAGAAGCAAAGCUACAUCAGGUGACUCUCGUCGUAAAUAUGCUACGGAUAACGCAGCUGCCUCAAAUAAUCAAAUCAUAUAUGGUCUUGCUCAAUGCACGCCUGAUUUGUCUGCUUUACAGUGUGAUAACUGCUUGGUCCAGUCUAUCGCAGAAUUCCCAAAUUGUUGUAAUAACAGGAUAGGUGCCAGAGUUAUUAGACCCAGUUGUAGUUUGAGAUACGAAAUAUCUCGCUUCUAUGAGUUGACACCAGAUACACCGUCACCAUCACCGUCACCGCUUCCAUCGCUGCCACCUCCUCCGUCCACUUCUAAAACUUCCGUGCAAGGAAAGAGCAACACAACUGUCAUCGCCAUAACAGUACCAAUUGCUGUUGUUGUUGUGGUGCUCAUUUUUAUCUGUAUCUAUUUUAGAGCGAGGAAGCCAACGAAGAAGUAUAAAAGUAAGUCCAAAGAAGAAGAUGAUGAAGAUGAUGAUGAUAUUGAAAUUUCUGAGUCAUUGCAAUUCAACUUUAACACCAUUCGAGAUGCUACGAAUGACUUUUCUGAUUCUAAUAAACUCGGACAAGGCGGAUUUGGGGCUGUUUACAGGGGUAGUCUCUCCGAUGGACAAGAAAUUGCUGUCAAAAGGUUGUCCAAGGAUUCUGGCCAAGGAGAUCUAGAAUUCAAGAAUGAAGUGCUUUUAGUGGCUAAGCUCCAACAUCGAAAUUUAGUAAGACUACUUGGUUUCUGUCUGGAAGGAAAAGAAAGGCUACUUGUCUAUGAAUUUGUUCCUAAUAAAAGCCUUGAUUACUUCAUAUUUGAUCAAACCAAGAGAGCACAAUUAAAUUGGGAGAGCCGCUACAAAAUCAUUGCUGGUAUUGCUCGAGGCAUUCUUUACCUUCAUGAGGAUUCUCGACUGCGCAUUAUCCAUCGUGAUCUCAAAGCAAGUAACAUUCUCUUAGAUGGAGAGAUGAGUCCCAAGAUAUCCGAUUUUGGCAUGGCAAGACUGUUUAUUGUGGACCAAACUCAUGGAGAUACAAAUAGAAUUGUUGGAACCUAUGGAUAUAUGGCACCUGAGUAUGCAAUGCAUGGACAGUUUUCAGUGAAGUCAGAUGUCUUUAGUUUUGGUGUACUGGUUCUUGAGAUUGUGAGUGGCCAGAAAAAUUGCAGCAUUGGUCAAGGGGAGAAUAUAGAGGAUCUACUGAGCCUUGCAUGGAGAAAUUGGAGGGACGGAUCAGCCACAAAUAUUAUAGAUCCCAUGUUAAACAAUGAUUCACGAAAUGAAAUAAUGAGAUGCAUCCACAUUGGGUUACUUUGUGUUCAAGAAAAUGUAGCUAGCAGACCAACCAUGGCUUCCGUUGUACUGAUGCUUAAUAGUUAUUCUGUCACUCUGUCGCUACCUUCAGAACCUGCAUUUUAUGUGGAUAGUAGAACUGGAAACCUUCCAGACAUGUCAUGGGAGUAUAAUUCAGGGGCAACAAGAUCAAGCGAAUCCACAACUAAAUCAGCUCAAGCAUCGGUCGACGAGGCUCCAAUUACUGAGCUACAUACUCGCUAGUUUUUUUUUUUUUUUUAAUCAUAGUGAUGAUAUUCAUAAACAACGUGGAUUUAGAGUAAACAAUACCAUCUUGGUAGGGCAAUGGAGUUGAGUGGGUGGGGAAGGAUCUCGGUUCGAUUCCCACCAAUACUAUUUUGGGAAGGUUAUAAAAUCUUAAUCCUCGACUUGUCCAGUAUUUGAGACUAAUUUCAUAGCAGGCUCAAAGAAUCAAAACUUGUGUGGAAAUCCAAGAGAGCACACUCGUCUCAAAGAGGUAAUUAAGGUUGGUCUCAAAGAGGUAAUUAAGGUUGGAAUAAAAAGAAAGAAAACAAAUUCAAUUCUUCAACGAAAAUACAAAGUCUUGGAA